AUGCAGGAAGAGGGAAAAACAGAAUUGGUAGGCCGCAAGAUGGUCAAAACGAAGACAGGUAGCUCCUCUCACGGCCAAGAGGGCGUAGACAUUGAUUUGUUGGCCUAUUUAGUCUCUGAAAAGCUCAAGGACGACUUCCAGCUCCUACAUGGCGCCAUAUCAACGAUCCAGGAAUCAGCUAAUGCCUUCACAGAGACUAUCCUUGCAAAUAUCAGCGAGGUUUUUUGCACUGUCCAGGGUAGUGUCCACCAAAUCGCAUCCCUAUCUGCUGACAUACGUAAGCUAGCGGUGACGGUGCAUGUAUCUCCUCCAGAUAUGGCAAACAACCGACCCAACGUGGUGGAUGCUGACACUCAAACAGUCCCAGAUGUCCCAACGAUAAUUUCUGAUGCAAUCAACUUUGCAAACCGAUCAACCCAAUAUGCUACUGCUGGUGGUCAAAACGCUUCGAACUCAAACACGGCGGCGGGUGGGGUGACAGACAACAGUUGCCAACCAGGCUUUGAGGCCGAUCAUUCAGCACCACAAUGUUCUCAACAAGAGCAUGUAGGUCCACAACCUUCUAAUGCACAAGUGGACUCGACUCUUGAUCCUGCUUUGUUGUUUCCAAACCCAACUUUCUCGCUUGGCCUCACGCAGGAGGCACGUCUGGAGCGGCUUAAACACGCCAAUGUCACCAUAAACACUGACCACGAAAGUGUUGAUGAAGACCACGAAGAAGCAUAUAUGGAAGAAGCUCCACCUGUGUGUAGGAAAAGCAAGCGGCAUAAGGUACCAACGAAGUCCCUUUUGGGUGAGUACGAAUGCGAUAAAGGCUUUCUGAACCGUGCAAGAAAGGAGGUUACAGAUGCGAUCUAUAGGGGAGGGAACAUUGAUUACUCGGCCAAGUUUUCUGCUCUAAUGGGCAAGAUGAUGACGCCAUUCACUCAGCUUUACGAGGUAGUUGAGAGAGCAACCCAACUGUCGCCUCAGUCCGUGUCGCAGUUCACCAAAUUGUACACUGAGUUCUCAAAGGUCUUAAGAAAAGAUAGCUUCAAGUUCACCGCAGACGUUGUUGACAUGUUUCUGCAGCUCUCGUCUUAUGCCGAUGCUGUUCGUUUCUAUUUCCCAUUCUUUGUGGACAAAAAGUACGGGGUUGCCAUUUGUGUAGAUUGCAAUAGCUGGACCGCUACUGUCUUGGACUGCAACACCGCUCUCCGGACAGACUACAUGAUGACUAAAGAUGUAAGACUAAUAGCUUCGAUGUUUCCAUAUCUUCUGAAGCAGGUUGGAAGGGAAUUUGGCACGAGAGACGGCAAGGUAAUGGGAUUUGAAAGGCCCCAGGACCAUACCUCAGCAAAAUGCAGUAACACACUCUGA